CUACAUCAUUCAGACACUUUUAUCCAAAGCAACUGACAUAAGAGGGAACAAUCAAUGUACAGUGUGACUAGGACAUGUUAGAAGAGGAAGAAAUACAAGAAAUACAAGAAAUACUACUGGCAUGGAUUAGAAUAACUGUUAAAUUUAGGGAAGAUUGAGGGAUGGUCACAAUAGAGAAGGACUUGGUAAGUGCUAGAUUAAGCAUGUCCAGUUGUUAGAGCUAGGAGAGGAGUUGGGUCUUCUUUUAAGGUGUAAAGACUUGGAAGUAAGACUGUGUGUGGUUGUUACGUGUGUGUUGACCUACUCUUUCCUAACACUAGACAGCAUAAGAAAUGUCAGUUUACUGCUAAAAGUAUCAUUAGUCUUUAGACUAAUCAUUAGACUAAUGAUGAUUCAGUCACAGUCAUAUUCAUCAUGAUGAGCAAGAUAUAUUCCCUCAAGGUCAGUUUACAUUUGUACAGACGCAACAAAGGUGUCAGAGGACGCACACACACACACACACACACACCCUCAGUAAACAACCCUGGUGAUUAUAGUGUGAGACAGAGACUUGGGUUCUGUCUGCCACCCUGUUGUGGUGGUCUAAUCCAUGCUGUAUCAUUUGGAUCAUAUCACACACACAGCACACUGACAGGGGGAGUCACAGUGAGCUCCUGGGUUUGGAGGCCAGUGAAACCCUGCCCGUCUGUCAGCAAAGCACUAAAAAUAGUUGUCUGUCUCCUAACCGUGUAGUGCACAAACAGACAAUAGACUGAUACUAAAUUAGGAGAACUGUAGUACAUGUGUGUGGGAUUUCAAAUCCCAUACACAAAUGAGAGAUAGAGAGAUAUGGGAAUACACAUAGAUAAAUAGAACUGGAUAGAUAGGAACAUAGAUAAAAAGAAAGAGAGGCAAAGAAAAGCAGCAGAAAUCUUAUCCUUCAAAUUAGUCCCUUUCUUCAGCAGGAGUCUGCCCCCCCCCCUUUCUGCUCCCUCCCUCGCUCUGUCAAGGCCACAUUAUUGUUUCGCUCCCUAUCAGGCUGAUUUACAUACAGAGUGCUGAAAAGGGAGUGGAGAGAGGGAGGCAGGUGAGACUGGACAGUCCACAACAGGAGAGCAACGAGUGCACUUCACUCUGCAGUCGUGCUGUCAGUAGAGUUGCAACCAAAGGCGCCGUUAAAAGGGGGGGGGGAAAUAACCGCUCAACCUUCUCUUGCCCUCUCUCGGCGGCCACGUCCAUGUAAACACAGACCGUGUUGAACUGGUUCCUCUUCUCUAGCGUUAGCCCUCAGGGAAGGGGGGUUUACUCCACUGCAAGACAUGCCUUCACAGAGGAGAGCAGACGGUGGAGUGACCUGCUAAAGAAGGGUGAGGAACGAAGCGCAAGUCAGAACAACAAGUGAUUCAGUGGGUCAGACUGUACGAGGGAAGAGCGAGAGGCGGUGUUUUUCCGACCUGCAGAAGAUGGACUACAUCCCCAAGGUGUGGCACUCGCAGGUGGUGCCCCUGGAGCACGAGCUGGAGUGGGGGUCCGGUGUGGGCCAGCCGGAGUGCUCCAUCUGCUACAACACCUACGACAACGUCUUCAAGACGCCCAAGUUGCUGGCCUGCACGCACACCUUCUGCCUGGAGUGCCUGUCACGCCUCAUGGCCGCCUCGGAGGCCGACCAAGUCGACGGACGCAUCUCCUGCCCCUUCUGCCGCCACCUGACGCCCAUCCCGGAGCGCGGCCCACCGGCGCUGACCACCAGCAUGGAGGUGCUCAGCAAGCUGCCCAGCCACCAGCAGCGCGAGGAGGCUGUGUGGCUGGAGGACGGCCGUCUGUGCUACAAGCGCCCGCUGGACUCGUCCUCUUCGUCCACCGACUCGGGCUUCUGCAUCUGCAUCGACAUCGCCGCGGCCAGCAGCAAGCAGGAGCCUCCUGUCCAGACGCAGACACACCGCUUCGGCCUCCUGGAGCGCAUGACCGACUGGAAGCGACUGCUGCUCUUUGUGGUGCUCAUGGUGCUGCUGGUGGUCAUCGUGCUCUGGCCGCUGCAGUGUAUUGUCACCACUGGCUCCCUGCGCUGCCAGAUGCGGACCGCCGGUCACAUGACCACCACCACCACCACCACCUCCCCCUCCACCGCCCAUCUUUAACGUUUUUCGUCAAGGCUAUCUUGGGGACAAAGGUGCUGUCUCCAACAAACACACACACACACACACACACACAGCUCACAAACACACACUCACAGUACAUUUUAGAACUCUCUAUCAAACAUCAUUACAUGCACAUAUGCAAAUAGGUAGCAAUCCACCAGGCCUAAAAUGUACACACAAACUCACAUAUAUAUACAUGCAUGCUAAAUACACACUCUAACACAUCUGGAAAAAGCACUACAGACUACAGGAUGCUCCCAGUACUACACGAGUAGUGUGUGUGUGUGUGUCAGUUUACACCCCCAACCUGCCCUGCAGGCUGAAGGCAGGCUUUUUGGAGCUCAGGGGAAAGAGGAGAACACAGAACAGUGUGUCAGACAAAAGCCUUGCCUCAGGAACUCUCCACACGGAGUCUGAGCGCCGAGCGCUGAGCCAAACAAGCAGAAAGGAACUGACGUUCCGUUUACUGUGAAACUACUGGGUUGAAUAUUAAGACUUUUUUUCAACACUACAGACGUAGUUAACAUUCAACACUAAAAAAAGGGUACAAACUGUUGUUGAAAACUGACCAAGGAUACAGAGGGGAAUUAUGUGUACAAGGGGAACGGAAUGUUAUGGCACUGUCAAUGUGUUCAUCACUUAGAUCUUACAAUGGAAUAUUCUGCCUCUGUAGAGUAAGAAAUGUUAAUUGUGACUGGAUUGCACCGGGUUGACGGCUGAACGAUUGUGUUAUCAUUUUUCCCCAAGGUUGACCUUUUCUUAUCAAGGCAUACAUUCUAAAAAUGAGAGAUUUAAUCAUAUGAAAACAACUUUUCAUGAUAAGUAUCCAAGUCACAUGUCUGUCAUGCAGAGAAAAGCACCCUAAUAUGCAUGACCAUCAAAGUUUAUUUAGCCUAUACUGUGGUUUUGAAACAAUAACUCCAACAAGCCUUAACAUAUGUUUUUGUAUUAUUGUAUAUACCGUAUGUAUAUUGUAUAUUUUGUUGAUUGUAUAUUGAAGACACAUUUUGUUUACAAAAUAAUA